AUGGCCACAGCGUCCUCAUUCGUCACGAAGCAGGUCCAGUCGUCGGACGGCCUUACCAUCUACGCGGAGGCGGUCGGGGACAGCUCGAAGCCUGCCGUGGUGUUCGUACAUGGAUUCAUGCUUUCUGGUGCGGUGUGGGAUAACCUGUUUUUGGACCCAACCCUGCUGAGCUCGGUCUAUAUGGUCCGCUACGAUGUCCGCGGAGAGGGACGAAGCGGGAAGCCGACGAGUUCAGACGGAUAUGCGUCGGCGCUGUUCGCUGCCGACUAUCAGGCGGUAGCCUCUGCAUUCGGUGUCAAGAACCCUGUUUUAGUUGGAUGGAGUCUUGGAGCCACCGCCGCCGCCGACAUUAUCGCAAACAUCAACCCGAACCCGCUCGCGGGCAUCUUCUACGUCGCCCCGCUCCCAUACAUCAACGAGACGCUCAUCGAGGCUUGCGCCUCGGCGUUACUCCAGAGCUUCCUCGGGCCGCUCACAUCCGACACCGACGUCACUACCUCGCUCUCGACGCGCGUCGCGUUCGGCAACGCGUUGUUCAUCAACCCCGAUGCGAUCCCGUGGGAGGAGCGCUUCGAGUGGAACGGCAUGGGCCUCUCGAUGGGCCCCUUCGAGUGCUCGAGCGCGACGUCGCGCCCGCAGGACGGCGGCCCGCUGCUCGCGGCCGGACAGGCCGGGUUGCCGACGAUGAUCGUCGCGGCGUCGAACGACCAGCAGGUGGUGACGCAGAGCGCGAUCAACGCGCUCCAGCCGUACUUCACGAACCUGACCACGGCGACGAUCCAGAACGCGGGGCACGCGGCGCAUAUAGACAACCAGUCGGCAUAUGUGCAGCUGUUGACGACGUUUGUGAAACAGGUGAAUAAGCACCGUCGUGGUGGGCAUCAUUAA